AUGGGGCACGGACGCAGAUGGGUCGGAAGAAAGGCGGGCGGGUACUCACAGCUCUCGAAUGGAGAAUCGAUGGCGCCAACUCUACCUGCUGCACAGGGCUCGGCGCGUGCUGAUAGGGCGUGGCGACGAAGCCGGCGGGAGAGGGGAUCUCCAGGAAUAGACGCCCGGGAAAGAUGCAGCAGCUGCAAAGACGGCGGCGCAACGGGGAAUUGGGAUGCAACAGAGACGGACUCAGCGGCGCUUCUGGCCCGCAGAGAUAUCAAUGUCGAGAGAAGAGGCCAAGCAGCGCUGACGGACGGUCAAGGGUCGUUGAUGAGGACGGUCAUGCGGGCUCUCGCGAUUCUCGCAGCGGGCGCUGGGGACGAAGCACUGGGGAGCAUGAGGGCGAGAGAAAAGCGUGGGCGGACUCGGCUGGAGAGCGCAAGGCCCGCAGGAUUCGGCAUCGUCGUCGCAUGGAGUGGCCGGUGGGAGUCGUGGCAGCGGGCUGCAUCCCAAUCACGACGGGCCUCUUCGCGCUGCGACUUUGGCGUGGCAGUCACACUGCGUGCCACAGUGCCGUUUGUGCCUGUGGUUGGUCGAGGCCUGCAGCUGGGCCUGGCGGGCGAGUUUCAAUUGCGCCCGUGUGGCCCAAUCAUCCGCCAUGAGUCCCUGCAGCCGCUCUCGGGCCAGGGCUCCAGCGGAGACGACGACGCGCUGGGCACGCCUGAGGGCCCUUGGGCGAAGCUUGGGAGCGGCUGCAAGCGCUUGGUGGGUCACGCUCGACAACUCCCGCCUGGCUCCCAUCUCCAUCUCUUUCAUCGCUCAGGCCAUCUCCAUGGCCUCCACGUCGUUCGAACGACUGCGCGGCGUCCACGUAGACCAGAAGGCGGUCAAGAGGCAUGGGAGUACAUAUUGCAGCCCACGGUGCCUCUGACAGCACGGCGGCCAGCCUGACCUCCGCCACCAGCUUAUCGCUGUUCCACGGCAACGGAUAUCGUGCAGCCUCCAUCGCGGGGCAUGAGCCGAACAAGAAACACGUACAGAUUAGACGGAACCAGCGACAUUUUGGAGUGUAGUAAGACAUGUGAACGUUACCGAGCAAUACAGCACUAAUCGAUCUCUCAGGGGUAAGUCGAGGAUCACGAGACACUCGCCUGCGGUUAAGGUGCAGUUAGUAAUCAAUUUAACCGAGCACGUGCCGGCUCAACAAGGUAUAGAUGUAACACAAUGCGAUUAUCCUGGCCAUUCGCUGAUCCCCUCUACUG